GAGGGGAGGACACUGAUGUUGGAGAGUUUCCUCACAUGGCUGCUAUUGGUUAUCAAGUUGAUGGUAAUCUGGAAUGGAACUGUGGGGGAUCAUUAAUCAGUGAAUAUUAUGUCCUUACUGCUGCACACUGCACACAUAUUGGAAAGUAUCCUGCAGUGAUAGUUCGUCUUGGUGAGAUGAAUCUGAAACGUGAUGAUGAUGGAGCACAUCCUGUGGAUUAUCACAUUGCAGAUUUAGUGCGCCAUCCUGAAUACAAAGGACCAAGCAAAUACAAUGAUAUUGCUCUGUUACGUCUUAGUGAGCGUGUGGAUUUCAACAAGUUUAUACGACCUGCUUGUCUCUACACACAUGAUAAAUUCUCUGUCAGCAAGACAGUUGCUACUGGUUGGGGUAAAAUUGAAUAUGCCAUGAUUGAGAGGCUGCUAAAACUACCACUCACCCAUGGUGAUGAAGCAGAAGAGUUGAAUGUGACUAAACAAGUAGCCAGGGAAACUGGCUACAAAGAUCAUGAUAUAAUGAACCUGUGGUUAUCACAUAUCAUAGGGCGCUGUGCAGUAAUGCACUCGAGCAGAGAUGCACAUGAGGAAAGUGUAGCCAAGGAGUUGGAGAGCGAAGUCGUGCUGAACUCGUUCGAGCAUGGAACAGUAGAACCAGAUGCAUGGUGGACUGCAGCUGGAAAAACAAGUGACACUUUGCGGAAAGUUGUUCUUGAUAUAAUAGAUAAUGAAAUGUGCAAUAACUUAUGGAAAAGUCUUCGCAAGCUCACAAGUCUGCCUCGUGGAAUUGCACCAUCAAUGAUGUGUGCUGGGGUCCUUACAGGUGGCAAAGACACUUGUCAGGGUGAUUCUGGUGGACCAAUUCAGAUAUCUACCAAAGGAAAUCAAUGUGUAUAUCAUGUUAUUGGAGUGACAUCAUUUGGGAGUUACUGUGCUGGAGAAGAUUCACCAGGAAUAUAUACACGUCUCUCUUCUUUUAUUCCAUGGAUUGAGAGCAUUGUGUGGCCAGAUGGUUAGCUUAAAGAACGGAUCACUAAUUUGAGAAAAGUUUUUAAAAGUCAGCCUUGUCAUAUAUUUUAAAUUUAAAGCUGAAAUCAGGAAUGUCUCAUGUGGUUACCUGAUUGUUUCAUCGGUGUAUGUUGUGGUUACA